AUGAUGAUGGAGCGAACAGUGUCCCAGGAAACGCUCAGGCUAGCGGGGCCAGGAUCUUCGGCAGCACCGCCGUCGCCGACGCUGCAACGACGCUCGUCCCUGGAGGAGGACUACUUCUACCGGCAGUUGAUGACGGUGGACAAAAAGCCGAGGGAGCCGCCACCAUCGUACGAGUCAACGCUCAAGAAGAUGCGGCGGGCGGAGGCGGGCGAAGCGGCACCAGCAGAGCCGGUCUCUCCAGCCUUGGCCGUGUCGUCGACGGUGAUGCGCAAGGUCAAGAGCAAGGGCAAAGAACGGCUGGACGGGCUUGUGCGCAGCAGCAGCGCGGUCGAGGAGCUGCCAGCGUACACGUGCGACAUCAACAUGGAGGGCGUGUUCCAGCGCAAGAUGGAGAUCGAAAACACGACCAAGCGAGCGGCCGACCGGCGGUGGUCGCCGGUGGUGGUGAAACUGCGUGGCACGGCUCUCGAGGUGUACAGUUGCCGCAAGGACCGCAGCUGGGUCGGACGGAUGGCCCGUGGAGGGCCGGGUGUCUCGCCGGAUAACCCGCCGUGGCUGCGGCCUGGCAGCCUGGAGAAGAGCUACAACCUGACGUAUGCGGACGCGGGCAUAGCAUCCGACUACAUCAAACGUCGUUAUGUCAUCCGCGUGCGAGCCGAGACGGACCAAUUCCUGCUUGCGUGCAUCGAGCUGGAGACGUUUGUGCGCUGGCUGGACGCACUUUUUGCGGCACUCAGCAUCGCGCUGCCCAUUGACGAGCGCGAUUUUCCGCGAGACCAGAGCAUCCCGCGGCUGCAGCGAAUCCGGUGGUAUCGUGGACGUGAUCGCGAGGCGGGCGCCCAGCAAGACGGUGCCCGCGAGCUGCAGGAGGCCCUCGACGGCGAGCUGCAGCGGGCGGAAAGCCUGGGUGGAGGUGUGGAAGAGGGCAGUGGCAUUAGCUUGGGCAGGAUCGUCUCCCGAUCGUCUGUCUUUACGGCCACAUCGCGGCUGAGCGAGAGGACCGUUUCGGGACCGCCAGCGGCUUCGGCGGCUGCUUCGGCGGCUGCUUCUGCUGCUGCUGCUCGUGCAGCAGCUGCUGCCCAGGCAGCUGCGGCCUUGGUGGCACCGAUGGCCCCCUUGGCCACGCGACUGUCGGCGACAGACUAUCCAAACGACGCGGUCGACACGCAGACGGGCAAGUGGCAGCCGCGACACCGCUGGACGACGACGCACGACAUGGUGUACGCCAAGCUGUGCUAUGCGACGCUGCUGUUCCGCAGUCCGCGCAAGAGCAACUACAUUGUCAUGCGCGGCAAGCAGUGGUUCGUCGACUGGACGACGGGCAACAUGUUCCGUGUCAGCCCGCCGCGCUACGGCGAGGUCGAGCUGUUUGGGCCCUGGCAGGUGGUCCGGACGGAGAACGCGCGGAUCUGA